AUGAAUACAGUAGAUGAAUUAAUGGAGAGAUUUUGCUGGAAGUCAAAGUUAAGAAGCGUUUGGAAAGAAAAUCCAGAUCUUUUUGAUGAUGCUAUGGCUCGAAUACAUUCAGAAGCUGCUGUUUUUGAUGCAAUUAUACGUAGUAAAAAUGCUACAGUGCCACCUUUAGAGAAAAUUGCGAAAACAGUACAAUUUCUUAAACAAAAUAGUUUUUGGCGUUCUAAUCCUUUCUCUUUAGUCACUGGUACAGAUGAUGAUCCAGCGCUUAUCAGAGCAACAUAUCAAUUACAAAUGAAAAGUAUUAGAGAUCUAUGGCAAAAUAAUAAUAAUGAUACAAAAAUAUUUCAAAAUAUGGAAGUUCAGCCAUUAUUUUUAAAACAAAACCCUUCAAUAAAUAUUCAAGAUGAAAGGAUUAAAAAUUGUUUAAAAAAGGGGGAUCCAUUUGUGUAA